AUGAGGUCCUUCGAUUUCAGCGCUUCGGCGCUCAGUCUUCUCGCCCUGGCAUCGUCUGCUUCGGCAUUCUGGCGCAUGCCCUGCCCUGGUCGUAUCGCUACUGAGCGUCUCGACCCUAUCGUUGCUCCUGGCGGCGUUUCUGGUCACGUCCACACCAUUUCCGGUUCAAACGGUUUCAAGGCCGAGAUGACAUAUGCUGAUGCCCGUGGAGGUGCAUGCUCUUCAUGUCCUAUCAAGCAAGACAUGUCCAACUACUGGACACCCAAGCUUUACUACCAAUCCGAGAACGGCACCUUCAUUGAUGUCCCUCAAGCUGGUGAUGGCCAAGGUGUCUUUGGUGGUAUGACUGUUUACUACCUGCAGAGAGGUGGUCCCAACAACGACAACCUCACUGCCUUCCCCGAGGGCUUCCGUAUGCUUGCUGGUGACCCUUUCAAGCGUGCUGCAACUAGCGAUUUCGCUGGCCAGGCUGUCAGCUUUGUCUGCCUUGAUUACAGCGGUACCUCUUCUUACUCUAGCGGUCUUCCUAACAAGGUCUGCCCUGAUGGCCUGCGCGCCCAAGUCUUCUUCCCUUCUUGCUGGGAUGGCAAGAACCUCGACUCUGCCGACCACACGUCUCACAUGGCCUAUCCUACCAUGUACUCUUACGACAACGGCCCUUGCCCUGCUGAUCACCCUGUUCACAUGAUUUCCAUCUUCUACGAAGUCAUCUACUCCACCGCCGGCUUCGACUGGUGGAAUGGCACUACCCAGCCUUUCGUCUUCGCCCAAGGUGACCCCACCGGCUACGGAUUCCACGGUGACUUCAUCAACGGUUGGGAUGUUCCUACUCUCCAGGAGGCCACCAACACCUGCAACAACGACUCUGGUCUCAUCACUGAUUGCUCUGUGUUCGACUUCUUCACCAACGCUGAGUCCCAGGCUUGUGUUAUUGCUCCUACCAUUGACGAAGCCGUCACCGGAGAGUUGGAGAAGCUUCCUGGUUGCAACCCCGUCACAUAUGGUCCUGGCAGAGCUCCCUACUCCGAGGCCGGCUGCACUGAUAAUGCCACUCUUGGUUACUCCNCCGUUUACUACCAGAAUGUCACUGGCUGGGACUACGUCGGUUGCGCUCCUGACUCUGUCAGCAGCCGUACCCUUCCCAACUCGACUUACAUGUCUAGCGAUAUGACUGUCGAGAAGUGUAUGUCAUACUGCGAGAACAAGGGUUUCAACUAUGCCGGUCUCGAGUACGCCACUCAAUGCUACUGCGGCUCCACUCUCCCCACCGCCCUCGAGCCCACCAAGGGUGUUCUCGGAAACUGCUUCUCUCCUUGCGCUGGUAACUCGUCGCAGUACUGUGGUGGUUCUAACCGUCUGAGCAUCUACUACACUUCUGCCAACUUGACAGAGUCGACCAUCUCCUGCCCCUCCGGCAACGGCCAGAACUACACCACUCCCAACAACGCUACUUUCAACGUCAACUGCGCUGGUGACUCCAACGGCAAGGAUCUCAACAUGGUCUAUGUCAACAACGGUAUUCAAGAGUGUAUCGAGACUUGCAGUACUACUGCUGGUUGCGUUGCAGCCUCUCUCUCCGGAACUGCCUGUUACAUGAAGAGCACUGUCGGUACUCUGAGAACUUCAUCUGGUGUCCAGCACGCCCAGCUCAUGUCCUCUGCCGCUGGCUCUUCCUCCUCCUCUUCUUCUUCUUCUGCCGCAGCCUCUUCCACCAAGGCUUCAUCGACCAGCUCUUCUGCCUCGUCUACCAGCUCUCUUCCCAGCUCAGCCACCAACUCUGCCGGCUCUGUAUACAACCUUUACUACUCUUCCGACUCUGGUCAAGGAUCGUUCACCAACACUCAAGCUAGCAGCUCUUACACUGACUGUAUGAGCGCCUGCGAUGCCAACUCANAGUGCACUGCCUUCACCUACAUGGGCAAUGCCGUCGCGUCCAAUAACAAUGUUCUUACUGGCUCUCGCGUCAGCCUCGGUAACAAGGCUGCCGUCUCAUCUUCUGCUUCUUCGUCCUCUUCUUCUGCCAUCUCUUCUGCCUCUGGCUUCGUUUCUGCUUCUGGCUCUAGCGCAAAGGCUGCCUCGUCCACCACUUCCUCAAGCGCAACUUCCACUGCUACCAGCACCGUCGCUGCCUGCCCUAACUCGGACAACACCAUCUACACCGAUAAGACUUCUGGUGCUCAGUUCCUCAUUGAGUGCGGUGUCGACCAUGCUGGUGGUGACUUGAAGAUGGUUUACGUCAGCGACUUUGCUAGCUGCAUCCAGACCUGUGCUCAGACCACUGGCUGUGUCGACGUUUCUCUCUCUGGAACUGCCUGCUACAUGAAGAAGUCUGUCGGCUCUGUCGUCAACUCCAGCGGUAUCAAGGGUGCCAAGCUUCUUUCUUCAGGCACUCCUUCUGCCAACGUCAACGUUGCAAACAAGGCCGCUUCAACCUCAGUCAAGUCGUCUUCCGCAACCCAGAAGCCUACUUCCACCAUGAAGACUUCUACCAAGGCUACUUCCACCUCUACCCGCAAGGCUUAA